UAAACUCACACCCACCGUACCCACCAAAAUCAACGCAGAACAAAAUCAUAUUCCCUCCAACUCCGAUCAUUUUCAGAACCUAAAUUUCAGAGAAAAGCUUCCAACUUUCGUUUCAGCAAUGGACACCGCCAAAGCAACCAAGGGAGGAGCCAAGGGAGCCGGAGGAAGGAAAGGCGGAGACAGAAAGAAGUCGGUGACCAAGUCCGUCAAGGCUGGACUUCAAUUCCCCGUGGGUCGUAUCGCUCGAUUCCUCAAGAAAGGAAGAUACGCUCAACGUACUGGAACCGGUGCUCCCGUCUACCUAGCUGCCGUUCUUGAAUACCUCGCCGCUGAGGUUUUGGAAUUGGCCGGAAAUGCUGCACGUGACAACAAGAAAACAAGAAUUAACCCUAGACACGUUCAAUUGGCUGUGAGGAACGAUGAGGAAUUGGGGAAAUUGCUCCACGGUGUUACAAUCGCCAGCGGUGGUGUUCUUCCCAACAUUAACCCAGUUUUGCUGCCAAAGAAGACUAAGUCUGCUGAAUCUGAGAAAACUGCAACUAAAUCGCCCAAAUCUCCUAAGAAGGCCUAAACGCGUUAAUGGAAAAUAAUAGGAAAAACUAGGUCUGGUUAUGUAAUUAGGUCUUGUAUUUCCCCUUUUCGUGUUGUUUUGGUUCUUGUAGAAAUAUGUAGUUCGAUAUAUUUUUAAUUUAAUGGAAAUUCACUCUUUUUCUGUUAA